AUUUAUUUUUUUAUUCGUGAACGCGAAUGGAAACAAGAUGGCGGCGCUGGCCAGGCUGAGCAAGACGGCUUUUAGGCUUAAUAAUGGCGUUUUAAAGGCCGGUAAUGGUGCUUUUGUGGCCAGUAAUGGCGUCUUGGUGCCCAGGGCAGUGAGGGUAGUGGGUAUAUCCACGUCCAAGAAGAACAAGGACACCGUGACGGUCACGGACGCUGUGGUGGAGCAGCUCAAAGUUAAGACUGAAGAAACAACUGUGACUAAGAACUGGAUCAGUUGGGGCUUCAGUUACGACUCGGAAGUCGAAGACAACACAGUAAUGCAUCUCACGUUCUUCUUCGGUGUAACUCUGUGUAUGGUGACUAUAGGAUUCGUCUGGGCUUACCUGCCAGAUUUCAGAAUGAUCGAUUGGGCACAGCGUGAAGGGUACUUGGAGUUGCGCCGGAGGGAAGCAGAAGGCCUACCACUAAUCGACCCCAACCUUAUUAGUAUUGAGAAGAUAGAACUACCAUUGGAUGAAGAACUUGGAGAUACAGAGAUCAUUAUCUGAGAGAAUUUCAGGCCUAUACUGACUUUGUUUCACAUUUUUUGGUAUGCCUGUAAAUAUUUAUAUUGGAUUAUAAUUCAAAAAGUAAUAUCUUCUUGGUUUGUAAAUAUUAAUGUUUAAAAUAAAACUGUGUGUGCUCUUA